AUGCUUGACGGCAAAGUUGCACUGGUUACGGGUGCAGGGGGCGGACUGGGACGUGCGCAUGCUCUUUUACUGGCUCACGAAGGCGCCAGCGUCAUUGUGAAUGACCUGGGUGGUGCCCGGGAUGGCACCGGUGCCAGCACGUCUAUGGCGGAUCAGGUGGUGGACGAAAUUAAAGCAGCCGGCGGUAAAGCGGCAGCAAACUAUGGCUCGGUCACCAGCCGGGAAGACGCUGAAGCCAUGGUUCAAUCCUGUGUCGAUAACUUCGGCAAAAUUGACAUCCUCAUCGCCAAUGCAGGUAUUCUGCGUGACAAGUCGUUCAAGAAUAUGGACGACAGCAUGUGGGACGCCGUCAUUGACGUUCACCUGCGCGGCACCUAUCUGACCACCAAAGUGGCCUAUGACAAGAUGAUGGAACAAGGCAACGGCGGCCGCAUCAUCAUGACCAGCUCCACUUCGGGACUGCUGGGCAACUUCGGCCAGACCAACUACGGCGCCGCCAAAGCGGGUAUUGCCGGUUUCAUGCGCUGCUUGUGGCUGGAAGGCAUGAAGUAUGGCAUUACCGUGAAUGUGCUGGCACCCACAGCCACAUCGCGCAUGACCGAAGACAUACUGCCGGAAGCCAUGCAGGACAACUUCCCACCGGAAGCUGUUUCACCGCCGAUUGUUUAUCUCUGCACUGACGAUGCCAAAGACAUCACCGGUCGCCAGUUCCUGGUGGGCGGCAACAGCGUUCAGCUAUUGUCCUGGCAGCUGACACCGAUCGCAAAACGCGAUCUGUCAGAAGGUAUCUGGGGUGUGGCAGAAAUCGGUAAAGAGAUCGAAGCCAGCAAAGAACACUGGCCGCCAAUCAAUCCUAUGCGCGGCUAA